AUGGCGCGCUCCCCCGCGCCUCGCCCUGCGGUCCCAGCCCGUCAGUCCCGAGCGGCUACGUUGGAUCCCCAACGGACACCUGGACUCAGUCAAGAUGGCAAACCCAGGACUGGCCAUUCGGACGUGCCCCCGCGGCGUCGCCCUCGGCCCAGGCCUCCGCCGCCUUCCCGGGCUGGGAGCCGGCUGGGGGCCGCGGGGCGGCCGGGGACCCUGCUCCGGCUUCCCCGAACUACAGAUCCCAGGGUGCCUCUCGGACUCCCGCGCCCUCCCUCCCUCCGUCGGUCUCCUCCUCCCCGGCCCUUGUUGUUGUGGCUGGAAGCGCUCCGGCGGAGUUUAAGAGAAAAGUCUGGGCACACCACGGAGCCGGGCCCGACCGUGGGAAGGGGCGGAGGAGGAGGAGGGAGCUCGCGGGCCGGAGAGGGAGGGAGCGGCAGCGGGCGCCGAGCCGCGCGCCCCGGGGUGGGGGAGGAGCGCGAGGGGACGGGACAGUGGGAGCCUCCCCUCCCCGGAGCCGCGCCGCCGAGCGCCCAGUUCCUCCGCCGCUCCCCGCCCUCCGCGGCGGCCGCCAGAGUGGACCCACCCUCCGCCCGGACCCGCGACCUCCCCAGCGCCCGCCCGCCCGCCCGCUCUUGGCCGCAGACUCGGCGCGGGACCUGCCCUGCGCCCGCUGCCCGCGGGAGCCUCGCGCCUUGUUCGUUCCUUUUCCUCUCGGCUGCCCGGGCGCCGCGGAGCAGCGACCCGCCCUCCUCCGGGGAAGAGGGAAGGAGGAGAUCGCGCCGGGCGCACCGAGCCCGAGAGCGGACGCGCGGGACUGGGCAUUGUGUGUGUGCCUGUGCGCUGCUGUCUCGUUUCGGAAAGCUGCUGGCGGAGGUCCUGUUCCCCGGGGGCGGAGCGCAGGGGGCCCGAGGCUCCGGCUCCGUGUCCGGGCAGAGUCCCGCGGAGCCCAAACGCUGCUCGGCGGGACCCCGAGGUGGGCGCGCUGCAAGGAGGCCGGCGCGCCUUCGGCCCCGCGGAGACCGCGGCUCGCGUUGCGCUCCCGCCUGCUGA